UAGUCGGCAAAGAACAAAAACAAAAUCAACACACGUGCAACUGAUUUAUCCAACUUGCUGUUUUCUGUGCUGGCUUUUAGUUUACCUUAUGAGAACUGUUCCAAGUCGCCCGUUGCUUCAAAAUAAAAUAUUUUAGUGUAAAUAUAAUAAUAAAUAUCCUAUGGGUCUAACGAAGCAGUAUUUGGCCUAUAGGCCCAUCGACAGUUUCAACAUCAUCAAUAGCGGUAGAGCCAAUGUGAAUUUCGUUACCUGCAAUAAAAUAGAAGGCCGAUAUGCCUUGACUGCAGCAGCUGAGAAUGUCAUUGUUUGGGAUUUGAGACUGGGUAAUCGAGCUUUAACGCUGCGCCGUGACAAACAGGAAGUAACAGCUCUUCGAGCCUCUCCCGACCGCAUACAUGUCGCUGUCGGUUUCAUUGAUGGUGUUGUAGAGCUAUUUGAUUUGCGUGCUCCAGAGCAGUCGGUAUGCACACUGGCUUUGCAUAAGAGUGCAGUUUCCAUUCUGCGCUUCGAUGAAAUGGGCAUACGUUUGAUAAGCGGCAGCCUUGAUACUGAAUUGGUUGUUGUAGAUAUUGUAGAACAAGCUGGUCGUCAGCGACUUAUAGGCCAUAAUGCCCCCAUUACAGAUGGACAUUUCCUACAACAUUUUGGCGAGCAAAAUAUUGUGGUCAGUUGCUCGAAGGACACGCAGAUUAAAUUCUGGAAUUUGGAAACGCAAUUUUGUUUCAAAACGAUUGUUGACAAUCGCACUGAAGUGUGGGCGUUGGCUUUGGUAGGCGAUCUUAUGAUUGCUGGUUGUAGUGAGAGCACAAUGAACGUCUAUCGUCUACAACGACGGGAUGAUCCAAGGCAGAGUAUAGAAAAUGCCGUUGAGGGGCUGAGUAUAGACGAUGAAGAUACAAUUAGCCCUAUAACAGUAACCAAUUGCGGUGUUAUUCAGCGCGCAGGUAAAGGACGUUGUGUAAAUUUGGUCGCAGAUCCAGCCGAGCGUGUGAUAAGUUGUCAUGGCACAAAUGGCUUAAUAGAAAGUUUUUACUUCUGUACGGAGAAGGAAGCUAAGGAGCGACUGGCAAAGAGAUUAAAAAAAGCGCGUAAAGCUAUUGAGUCAAUGGAUAAAGAUAAUGUAGAGAAUGUACCAUCAAAAAAUUUGAGUCUAAGUGACGAGAUUAAGCGAUUAGAAAGCAUUAAAAUAAAGCAGAAAAUUAAAUCAAUCGACAUUAUACUGGGCGCCCAAAACGAACUGCGCUUGCUCGUUAGUUUGGCAAACAAUAGCCUGGAGCUAUACAGUUUAAAUGCUUCGCUUAAACAUAAAAACUCUGAGGAAAACGUGAAGCAGUUACGUGCAUUGACUCGUCUUGGUCAUCAAUCAGAAGUGCGUUCUGUAUGCUUCAGCACAGAUUCACUUGCUAUUGGUUCAGGUGCGGGCGAUUCAUUCAAAUUUUGGAACCGCGAUUCUAUGCAGUGUCUGCGCACCAUACCUACCGAUUACGUAUUGAGCACCACCUUCGUACCAGGCGAUCGCUAUGCGCUUUUGGGCAUGAAGAGCGGAAAAUUGGUAAUAGUUGAUGUAGGUGCAGCGGAUAUUAUAGAGGAGAUACCAGCACACGAGAGUGAAUUAUGGUCGAUUGCACUACUGCCAGAUAUGAAAGGUUGUGUGACGGGCAGUAGUGAUACGAGCGUUAAAAUUUGGACUUUUGAUUUGGUAGACAAUGUCGCCGCUGAUGGUAGUGGUGUAGUGGACUCAAUGCGGCCAAAAGUGCUCUCAUUACUUCACAGAAAUACGCUCAAAUUGGAAGAGACUGUUUUAUGCGUACGAGUUUCACCGGACAUGAAAUACCUUGCUGUAGGAUUGCUCGAUGCCACGGUCAAGAUUUUCUUUCUUGACACUUUUAAAUUUUAUUUGACCCUGUAUGGGCAUAAAUUGCCAGUACUAUGUUUAGAUAUCAGUUACGAUUCCACUUUGAUAGCCACAGGCUCUGCUGAUCGUAAUAUAAAGAUUUGGGGCUUGGAUUUCGGUGACUGUCACAGGUCCCUCUUUGCGCACGACGACUCAGUGAUGGCUCUGCAAUUCAUACCCAAAACUCAUAUGUUAUUCAGUUGCGGCAAAGAUGGUAAAGUGAAGCAGUGGGACGCAGAUUCAUUCGAAAAGAUACUGUCACUUCCAGGUCAUAUUGGUGAAGCCUACAAUUUGGCAGUUAGUCCGAAUGGCAAAUAUCUUGUCACUUGCGGCUCAGACCGCACCCUUCGUCUGUUCGAGCGCACCGAUGAACCAAUUGUGUUAAAAGAUGUACAAGAGGAAGAGCGCGAGGAGAUAGAAAAUCAACAACUUGCUACCGGCGAAGAGAGCGCUGUGCCCCAGCUACCUGGUUUAAAGUUACCCUCGCGAAAAACUGUAGGCUCAGAGAAAGCGGCAGAAUCAAUACUGGAGUGCUUGGAGAUUUGUAAGCAGUAUGAAGUAGAAGCGGAAGAGAAACCCGAGCUGCACCCACUGAUGCGCGCGUUACAAGUAGAUAAUGCCGAUGAUUUUCUCUUCACUACACUAGCGCGCAUACGUGCUUCCGAUUUGGAAGAAGCGCUCUUACUGCUACCAUUUUCGAAUGUCUGUGAAUUACUCGAACGCCUUCCACGACUCAUAGAGUGCCACAGCGAUCAAAUUGAGUUGCUGUGUAAAGUGACGAUUUUCCUAUUCAAAGUGCAUAUGAAACCGAUUAGCGCAGCGAAAAAUUUGAAGCUUCUCCUUAGUGGUUUGGUGGGUGCGCUUCGCCGUGACGUAAGUGAAAUGCGUGAUACAAUUGGUAUGAAUGUGCAUGCCUUGGCGCUGCUGCAGUUCAAGAUUGAAGAACGCGAGGGCAUCGAGCUGUUUCACGAGGCUACACAGGAGCGUAAAAAGCGCGACAAGAAACGACGGGAAGCGACCAAGCGUCGGUUAGCCAUACAAGUUACAUGAACAUCGCAUUUCGUUUUUGUUCGAGAGCAAAUUUAAUUAAGGCUUAUUUGUUUUGUAGAAUAUACUUAUUAUUUGAUAAAUAUAAAAUUAUGAAACAUUUA